AGCGCAUGCGCAGUCGUACAUGGGAGCACUGGGUAUCAAUUUGGCCAAACAGCGGGUGAUAAAAUGCAUAAAUUAAAAUCCUCACAAAAGGACAAGGUACGGCAGUUCAUGUCAUUCACUCAAGCCGGGGAGAAGACAGCUGUAUACUGCCUGACUCAAAAUGACUGGAAACUAGAGGUGGCCACUGACAACUACUUUCAGAACCCAGAUUUGUACCACAAGGAAUCCAUGAAAAGCUCAGUGGACCGAAAAAAGCUGGAUCAGCUCUACAACCGAUAUAAAGAUCCCCAAGAUGAGAAUAAGAUUGGAAUAGAUGGAAUUCAACAGUUCUGUGAUGACCUCAAUCUGGAUCCAGCGAGCAUCAGUGUUCUGGUUGUGGCAUGGAAGUUUCGUGCGGCAACACAGUGCGAAUUCAGCAAGAAAGAGUUCAUUGAUGGCAUGACAGAGCUAGGGUGUGACAGUCCAGAGAAACUCCGAGCUCUUCUGCCCAGGUUAGAACAGGAUCUGAAAGAUGGUGGAAAGUUCAAAGAUUUCUAUCAAUUUACUUUCAACUUUGCCAAGAAUCCUGGACAAAAAGGUUUAGAUUUAGAGAUGGCUGUAGCUUAUUGGAACCUGGUGCUGGCCGGACGUUUUAAGUUCCUAGACCUCUGGAACAGAUUUUUAUUGGAGCAUCACAAGCGAUCAAUUCCCAAAGACACAUGGAACUUGCUUCUGGAUUUUGGCAAUAUGAUUGCAGAUGACAUGUCAAACUAUGAUGAAGAAGGAGCAUGGCCUGUUCUCAUUGAUGACUUUGUGGAAUACGCUCGACCUGUCGUGACGGGAUCAAAGCGCAAAACUGUAUAGUAAAGCUACUAUGGGCGAGAACUUGCGCCUUGGUCGCCUCAUUGACUUUAUAGUUUUUUUAAAGACUUGUAAGCAUAAUAAGAGAAGAGAAUAACUAAGAGAAACACUU